GAAGGGAGGGAUCUCGUGGCGCACAAGCCUUGACAGUCCAACGCGCGCGCCACCCGGUCUGUGCGGUCUUUGGUCGCUCUACUGUUGACCCCCACAGAUAAAUCAUACCCUCGAGACCUAUUGUUUAGUUGAAUUACCCCGUGCCUGUUUUCCAUCACCCCACUGCCGCUCCGAGCGAGGGAGAAGUCAGGAAGAGUUAGUAAGCUGCAAGACGCGCGGCGCGCACUUCGAACCAGCUUGUCGAACCGAGCGCACAAAAAGAUGAACGACACGGACAUUUUCUGUCCAAACAAUUCUACGGACCCGUCAUGUGGAAACGGAACCACUUCGUCCCCGAGCUUCAUCGAUAUCACCACCUUUAUGCACAUUUUCCCGUCCAUUUAUGGCAUUCUGUGCUCUGUGGGGGUUCUGGCCAACGGACUGGUCAUUUACGCGGUGGCUGCGUGCAAGAAGAAAAUGGUGUCGGACAUCUACGUGCUUAACCUGGCCUUGGCAGAUAUGCUUUUCCUGUUGGUCAUGCCUUUCAACAUCCAUCAGCUUGUCAGAGACAGGCAGUGGGUCUUCGGGAACUUUAUGUGCAAGGCUGUGGUGGUGGUGGAUGUCAGUAACCAGUUUACAACCGUGGGGAUUGUCACCGUUCUCUGUAUUGAUCGGUACAUUGCCAUCGUUCACCCCACUUCAGAGCGGCGGACCAUCCAGUGGACUAUAAUCAUCAACAUGCUGGUGUGGAUUGGCAGCUUCCUUCUCACUGUGCCAGUCAUGAUGUACGCCAAAGUCGUACGUCAUGUCAUACGUAAAAAGCAUUUGGAGAUCUGCAUGAUGUAUCUGGACGGACCCGAAGACAUGUACUGGUACACCCUCUACCAGUCCAUCCUUGGCUUCAUCAUCCCCCUCAUCAUCAUCAGCACCUUCUACUCGCUCACGCUUUACCAUGUAUUCAGCUCCAUCCGUCGGGUUAAACGCAAGCAGACCGUGUGGGCCAAGAGAGCCACCAAGAUGGUGUUGAUGGUGAUCGCUCUGUUUCUGAUCUGCUGGUCACCCUACCACGUCAUUCAAGUGAUCAACGUCAGCAACAACUCCCCGACUGUCGCUUUUAUCUACGCCUACAACAUCAGUAUCUGCCUCUGCUACUCCCACAGCUGUAUCAAUCCGCUUAUGUUGCUGAUCUUUGCUCAAAAUUACCGUGAACGUCUUUGUCGCAGGAACAUACUGAACAGUUCCCAGCACUCAUCAAAGGUGACUGUGGUCAAAACAGAGGGUUCAAGUAUGGCCAAUGACCCUAAUAAUCGUUGUACUACCAUUUAAGGAUGAAAAGAUUUUUAGCAGAGGGACAUGGACAUGUUGAUAUUUGUUCAGAUGGACAAAAUGUUUCCUGUGAAAUGUGUGCAUAAAAAAUAGUAACCAUACUGAGGGUGUCUGCAAAAGAGAGGAUGCACCUUUGCUAUGUGUCUUUAUCGAGGGAAUGUUAGCACGGUGGCCUGAAAGUUUCAGGUAUUUUGUAAAUUCUAAGAACUCUAUAAAAGAAAAAAGAAAACACAAAUGCCAAUAGCUGCAACACAAACUGACCGCAUGGAAGCAGACUUACAACAGUACCUUAAUCCAUAUUGCUUUGUGACCAUCUCUGCCUGAGCUAGGCUUUUCCAAAGUAGUCAUCCAAAAGAGAUAGUUGUAUGAUGUUAGCCACUUACUUUAAAUCCUGAAGAGAUCGCUGUAUGACGUUAGCCGUUCAGAUUUUAGUAAAUGCUUACUUCAGUUGUAGGUCUGCUUCACGUCUUACUGUAGAGGUAUCUGGGGAUACAUUACAAACCGCUCGCAACUGAAUUGUGUUCUGCUACUACCAUUUUCAGCCAUUGUGUGUCAGAUUUACAACAGAAGCAAGCACACACGUCCAAUUUGCUAAUGUUAGCAGCUAACAUCACACAAUGACCUUUACAGGCAGAGAUGGUCAUAAAUUGAUACAGUGAAGAAAAUAAGGAUUUGAACGCCUGCUAUUUUGCAAGUUCUCCCACUUAGAAAUCAUGAAGGAGUCUGAAAUCUUCAUUGUAGGUGCAUGUCCACUUGAGAAAGAUAAUCUAAUAAGAAAAAUCCAGAAAUCACAAUGCAGGAUUUUUCUACAAUUUAUUUGUGUGAUACAGCUGCAAAUAUGUAUUUGAAAACCUAUCUAUCAGCUAGAAUUCUAACCCUGAAAGACCUGUUAGUCAGCCCAAUAAAAGUCCACCUCCACUCCAUGUAUUAUCCUGAAUCAGAUGCACUUGAUUGCGGUCGAUGACUGCACAAAGACAACUGUCCACCCCCUACAAUCAGUAAGACUCAAACUUGUAACAAUGUCAAGACCAAAGACCUGUCUAAAGACAAAAUUGGUCACCUCCAAAAGGCUGGAAAGGGCUUUGAGGCAAUUUCUAAGCAGCUUGGUGAAAAAAGAUCUACUGUUGGAGCAAUCACUAGAAAAUAGAGGAGGCUAAACAUACCGGUCAAUCUCAAUCGGAGUGGAGCCCCAUGUAAGAUGUCACCUCGUGGGGUCUCAAUGAUGCUAAGAAAGGUGAAUCAGCCCAGAACUACAGGACAGGAGUUUGUCAAUGACAUGAAAAGAGGGACCACAGUUUCCAAGGAUACUGUUAGUAAUACACUAAGACGUCAUGGUUUGAAAUCAUGCAUGGCACGGAAGGUUCCCCUGCUUAAACCAGCCUGUCUUAAGUUUGCCUAUGACCAUUUGGAUGAU